AUGAAUUCAAGUUAUUCCCAAGUGGGUUUACACCAUGAAGCAUUGAAAUUGUAUGGUGGAAUAGUAUGGAUAGUUUUUUACGAGUUCAGUGAACUAGCUACCGACUUGCACUCAUGCAACUCAGAUAAAGCCACUGUGCGCACGGGGAAUAUUGGUCUGAAGUUGCAUGAGUUGGCUACUGAACAGGGCCUGUUUUAUAAAGUUUUUGUUGGGGAGCAUGCACUGGUUGAUAUGUAUGACAAAUGUGGUAGCUUAGAUAAUGCCAAACGGGAUGAGGAAAGGGAUAUAAACCUUACUAUGUUACAUUUCUUGGUUUGUUGCAUGGGUGUAGUCACCAAGAUAUGGUUAAGAAGUGUUUCAUUUGAUGAGCUCGAGAUUGGCUUGGAGAAGUUGAGCAUUAUGUGGCGCAUUGUCGAAUUAUUUAGCCAUUCAGGGAAGAUAGAAAAUGCAAUUAAGGUCAUCAACAAUUCUCUAUCGUGA